AUGCCGGUGGUCCUCGACUGGGCCAUCCGCGACAGCCCCACCUGCAAGGAGGCCAGGAAGAAGAAGGAAGGGUACGCCUGCAAAAGCUCCAACAGCCGCUGCCUCGAUUCUACCAACGGACCUGGGUACAUCUGCAACUGCCGCCGGGGCUACGAAGGCAACCCCUAUAAUGAGCGUGGCUGUACCGAUAUAAAUGAGUGUGAGCAUCUUGACCACUAUCCUUGCAAGGGAGACUGCGAGAACAAAGAAGGUUCUUACGAAUGCACAUGCCCCAAGCACACAAAUAGUCCUAAUCCCUUCAAAGAACGUUGCAGCCAAAAUUUACCACUCGGAGCAAGAAUCAUCGUAGGUGCCAUAGGGGGUCUUUUCAUCAUAGCUAUUUUGGUGUUCUUGUGGCUUCUUCACAAAGAGAAAAGAAGGAUGAGAGACAAUUUUGAAAAGAAUGGGGGACCUAUAUUGGAAAAGAUCAAUAAUAUAAAGCUAUUCAAUAAGGAAGAUAUAAGGAAAAUUCUGAAAAAUAAGAAAAUUCUUGGAAAUGGUCGCUUUGGUACGGUUUCCAAGGGGCACACUGAGGAUAAACAAGUGGUCGCUGUGAAAGAACCCAUCAAUCGCAAAUCAACGAAUGACCAGAUUGUAAAUGAGAUCAUCAUUCAGUCUAGAGUCAUUCACAAAAACAUUGUCAAGCUCAUAGGUUGUUGCCUACAAUUUAAAGUCCCAACUUUGAUCUAUGAAUUUGUGCCCAAGGGCAGCCUGGACGAUAUUCUUCAUGGCAAGAACCAUAUGCCUCUAAAGUUGGGUCUACGUCUACAAAUUGCUGCAGAAUCAGCAGAAGGUCUAGCUUAUAUGCAUUCAAAAACAACUACAACAAUCCUCCAUGGUGAUUUUAAACCAGCUAAUAUACUUUUGAAUGAAAAGUUUAUGCCGAAGAUCUCAGACUUUGGCAUAUCAAGGUUAAUGGUCACUGAUAUGCAACACACUGGAUAUAUCAUUUUUGACAGGGCUUAUGUUGAUCCAGUAUAUAGGCAAACUGAACAAUUGACCACCAAGAGUGAUAUCUAUUUUGGAGUUGUGCUCUUGGAGCUCAUUACAAGAAAGAAAGCCUCUCACUCUGACAACAAUUUACCCGGGAACUUUCUUGAUACCUACACAAAGGACAAGUCUGUGACCGAGCUCCUGGAUAAGGAACUUCGAGAGGAUGAUCAAGAAAUUCUUGGUCAUUUAGUAGGGAUGAUUAUGCAAUGUAUAAAUCUUGACGUCAAUCAGAGACCAGGAUGA